AGUUCGAGGACAAGCUGUGUAGUAUAAAAAGACAUAAAAAUUACAGUAAAUUUUAUUCUGAAUUGAACAGCUAAGCAGCGCACUCUGCAGUUAUGGAAAUAUUGUUUGUGUUAUUGGCAAUUUCGGUUGCUGCACAGGCAUCGUUCGAACCACCCGUUCCAGCGAGUCUUUCCGAUGAGAAAAUUAGACAAACUCGUAUGGUCAACGCCAACAUAGCUUCCACUGGACAGUUUCCGUACUUUGCAACCAUUCUCAGUAAAGUGACAAAUUUAUGUGGCGGCUCAAUUAUUGGCAAAAGAUGGAUAUUGACAGCUGCUCACUGUGUUGAUGCUGAGACUAGCUACGAGAUACUAGUUGGCAGUGCUGAUCUUAAUCGUGGAACAAAAUUUAUUACCCAGGAAAAAUACAUUCAUCCCGAAUACGACUGGUUAUAUCUUCAAAACGAUAUCGCUCUGUUGCAUCUUUCGAGCGAUAUUGAAUACACAGAUAACGUCAAGCCAAUCAGUUUACCAAACAUUGGCGAAACCAACUCGUUUGAAGGCUACAACUCAAUAGACAUGGGAUUUGGGAAAACGAGUGACUCAUCUGGCUUGAGUGAAAAUCUAAGAUACGCAGAAGUGAAGGUUAUUUCCAACUCGGAGUGCAUUCCAAUAUUUGGACCGAGAACCGUGGUCGAUUCGACAUUGUGCGCUAAAGGACUUGCGGGACAAAGUAUCUGUAAAAGUGAUUCAGGGGGUCCUCUUGUUUACAAUAACAUACAAAUCGGGGUUAAUUCAUUCGUUCAUUUUUACGGUUGUAGCACAGGAAAACCGUUUGGAACCGUUCGAAUUACAAGUGUUCGUCAAUGGAUUCAGAACAUAACUGGAAUAUGAGGUAAAUUAUUUUCGUUCACAUGCUUUUGAAAAAUGAUGAAAUAUACCCAAAUUUCUCUGCAAAUAGAACUAUGUUAUUAAAUGGCAACCAAAUCAAAUAAAAGAUUAUAACUCUGAAUCAGAUAGGAUUUAGAACAUCCAAAAUAGAAAUACAAAAAUAAAAGUCAUGCAUACAAAGUUUUAAUGCAAUGUU